AUGGGCGCUAGCAACGUCCUACAACAGCGCCUGCGUGGCAGUGGCUGUUACAUGUCGCUCGCCUGUUCCAUUGGCUCGAUGAGCUUGGCCUGUGGCAGCUUGUUGCAGAUACCGAAUAUAACAGAUCGUAUUUCGCUGCAACGUGGCCUCUUCCUCACCUCGCUGGGUUUCAUAUACUUUGUGUCGCUGACAGAUUUCUGCAAUAAGUACCUGUUGAAGACGAAACGCGGUCUGCAGUUUCGCAAAAAAUAUCGCCUUAUGAUGUCGGAUGUGCUGGAAAUUACUAAUAAAAUCGUUUCCGCCAUACAGGCCACCUUCUCAUUUCUGGUCGGUUUCAUCGUAUGCAAGUCCACAUGCAGCAAAUCAUUCGUGUACGCCUCGCAUUUCCUAAUGGAGGCAUAUGGCUGGUUUGGCACCGCCUACUUUAUGUACGACAUUUGGUCCAUGUACAAAGUGCACACACAGAAAAUCGCCGACAAAUUGAAGCUGAUGCGUUUGAAUGCUGCCGCCACAGGUGCUAAUUCAACGAAUGGCGUCAAUGGCGUUGCACUGAAGAAUAGCGCCAACGGUUUGGCCACGGCAGGCGGUGACAGCGGUGAUGAUUCACCGGUACGUGUGCCCGCACAGCAACGCGACAACGAUGAUAUCUACGAUUAUGAUGGUGAAUGCGUGCAAAUACCGAAGGAUGGCAAAUGGGAUUUCAUCAAAUAUGUCAUAACGCAUCCGGUGAUGAUGAUACAUCAUGUCUUCAUUGGCACUUUCGGACUGCUGGUCGUAACGUACAUACGCGGCGGUGGCCACUGCAUCUACAGUUACAUGUUCAUGAUGGAGUUCUCCACGCCAUUCGUUUCGAUGCGCAGCAUAUUGAGCACCAUGCGCUUGAAGGACUCGCGCGCAUACAUCAUAAAUGGACUGCUAAUGUUGGGCUCCUUCUUUGUGUUUCGUGUUGUUAUGUGGCCAUAUGUGAUGUACCGUUAUAGUGUGGCUAUAAAUGUGGGCUUCUGGCAGGCAAUGGCUACCUUACCACGAGGUUGUAUUAUCAGUAUUAUGAUACUCUUCCUACCUCAACUGUAUUGGUUCUUCUUGAUGGUAAAAGGUGCAUUGAAGGUCUUCUCAACGCCCAAACCGCAGGAGACUGCACCCAAAAAACUCAGGCAAUCGAAGAAUAAUAAUCUCUCACCGGUAACCCCGAAUGCUGAACAUGACUUUAGUCAAAUUUGUGAAAAUGAGGCCAAUAACGCUGGCGAUAAGCCGUCAGCACGAGUCCACCUGCAGGCUUUAGACACUAAUAUUGCUAAAAUUUAGAUAGACCAACAGACAAGUUGAAUUCGCUGUGCAGUCAAAAGCAGUUAAUCGCCAGUAUAGUGCGCAAAUUAGUAUGAAUAGCAUUCUAGGUGGCCACAAGCUAAAUUUCCGUUAGCUGCUUUGCUGCUGUGCAAUUCAAUCAAUUCAGUUUGUACAAAUUGAGUUUGUGAUUAAUAUACUUAUACAUACCUACAUACAUUGUACGGCACAAUUUACUGUAUAGCUAACAAUUUGUGUAAAAAUGAAUAUUAAGUGACGACAAUUAACUCUUGUAUGCAUUUCAAGCGUCUGCUGUUGUUGUUUAUAAGUGCGCCACAAAAUAACAAUAACAUUCUAAGCAAAGUUAACGUGUAUAUUAAUUUUUGUUAACAAAUAACUCCGUAAAAGCGAGCUGUGACUCCCACAAUAUUGAAAAUAUCAUUUGCAACGAUUGUCUUCUUGUAUGUUCUUCUACUUAUUGCUGUAUAUGUAUGUGUAGCGGUGUAUUUGUGUAGUUGUGCGUAUACAAAAGCUAAUUAUUUUAGCAUUACACAUAAUCAUUUACAAAAAUAAUGAAAUUACUUUUAAACAAUUAUUAAUGUUAUACAAGAAAUUUAGUAAUUUACCACAUAGCAGCUUACAUAUUUGUAAAUGUAUGUAUGUAUGAAAACGAGAACAAAUAGCUAUUAUUAAUAAUAAUUUAAGUCAUGUAACUUGUCAAAGUUUAGUGAAUGCAGUACAACUAAUUUGUUCUUAAUAAUUUUUUUCAGCUUGAGUUCCUUUAAUUAUUACUAACGUACGUACAUAAUAUUUAAAGAAUUAUAACAAUUUGUGUACAUGUGUAUUGAUUAAUUAUAUAAUUGAAUUUGUAUGCAUAACUUGCCCACAUAAUUAAUAAACAUAUGUAUGUAUAAUAGUUGUGUAUUUAAACAGCAGUUAAAAAGCAUUUAACGAGCUUCAGCAGUGUAUGUAUGUAGAAAAAUCAGAGCAAAACAAAACGAAACAUGCAAGUUCUUGCUCGCAUUUUGCUGUACUUCAUAGUGAUGCAUUUUAAUGAGAUAAAAUGUUUUUGUGUUGUGAAAAGUGUAAAAUAUACAAAAAUUAAAUGUAUAUGUAAAUGUACAAUAGCAAAACAAAAAUCACACAAUUACAUGUGCUUAAUGUUGACAUCUGUGCAGAAUAAAUCAGAAAAAAUAAAGAAUACAACAAAUUGUGUGGCUA